GCCACGGAGCGGAACGCGGCUUUCUCGUUGGCCGUGUUGUUAUAGCUACUAUGGUUGUCAAUCAUUCCUCUACUCCCGCCCGCUUGGUCACCCUUAAGAUUCCAUAGGAUGGAAUCCCUGUCACUCUUCCUCCUAAAUCUUAGGACUCUGAAACCGUCUCCCGAUAAAUUCGUGUGAAACGCCCUAUAUGAACUCUCGCCACAUUAUUCGUUGAGAUCACCUGUCAAUAUCUGUGACAGGAGGACAUAAUUGGACGAGGGUGAUCGAUGGGCCGUUUUCCCACCUCGUUGGCCAUGUCCCAUUUCUAUUGGUCAGUUCUCUUGUCGCUCUGGCCCCUGAAGCUGGCGAUUGGCACAAUCUGUAGGACUGUUCCACCCCCCCCCCAGGAAGGGGCACGCUCCGGGCCACUUAGCGCCGGCGCAGUGCCGCUGUUGGCUGCGGCGGUGGCGGCUGCUGCUGAGGCGAGCGGCCGGGCCGCGCUGCGGAUGGAGCCGCUGCAGAAUGGCGGUGGCAGCGCCGAGGCGGCGUCGACGAGCGGCCCGGAGGAGAAGCGGCGGCGGGAGCCCGUCCUUUCGCGGCGGCGGCGCAGCAACAGCGGGGCCGGGCCCGGGGCCGACGCUGACAGCGGGGCCGGGCCCCACCCCCGCGAGCGGGGCGGUUCCGUGACCCGCCAGCGCCUCGACUCCCUCCGCAAGAGCCGCCCGCUCUUUCCUUGGUUUGGCUUGGAUAUUGGCGGGACCUUGGUCAAGCUUGUUUAUUUUGAACCAAAAGACAUCACUGCUGAGGAGGAGGAGGAGGAAGUGGAAAAUCUUAAAAGUAUCCGAAAAUACCUGACCUCAAAUGUAGCCUAUGGAUCUACAGGCAUUCGGGAUGUGCACCUGGAACUAAAGGACCUUACCCUGUGUGGACGUAAAGGCAAUCUGCACUUUAUACGCUUUCCUACUCAUGACAUGCCUGCUUUUAUUCAAAUGGGCAGCGAAAAACACUUCUCAAGUCUCCACACUACCUUAUGUGCCACGGGAGGUGGAGCUUACAAAUUUGAGCAGGACUUUCGCACAAUGGGUGACCUUCAACUUCGCAAACUAGAUGAACUUGACUGCCUUAUUAAAGGUGUUUUGUACAUUGACUCAGUUGGAUUCAAUGGACAUUCAGAGUGCUACUACUUUGAAAACCCAACUGAUUCUCAAAAAUGUCAGAAGCUCCCAUUCAACUUGGAGAAUCCAUAUCCUCUCCUCUUGGUGAACAUUGGCUCAGGGGUCAGCAUCUUGGCUGUGUAUUCCAAAGACAAUUAUAAGCGGGUAACUGGGACCAGAGGAGUGUAAAUCAUAUUUUGGAAACAACCCAGGUAUGCUCAAAUAGAUGAAUUUUUAAUGUGAUCACUUUAAUUCUAGUAUUCAGGGUUUGGAUUCUAACUUUUAAAAGAUGUUCUACCCUUUAUGAAUGAUGGGAUGGUGUUCACAGUUCUAGUCAGGUCUGAAAGAAUAAUAUAGCCACCUAUUGUACAGCAGAGCCAAAGAGAUCUGUGCAUGUGAACUUUCGUGGACUUAAGGAAUAUUGUUGUUUACAAAAAAAGUACAGACAAGGAUUGCACAGUGCACCUCAGGAAGGACAGUUUUGUUAUACAUCUUUGCCAGCAUGUGUAUGCAGUUAUUCAGCAGAACGUACUUUUUCCAGGCUUUGAACAAUUAGACCCAAGUUCUGCAGUGAAUUCCAUAUGGGCAUACCCGCAGAUUCAUGGAGCUCAUUGCAGGUUGACAUCUUACAUUGUACACAGCUGUUUGUUCAACACUGUGUCGUGAAUAUUGUAAGCGGAGAAAACCCACUUCUCGUUUAAGCAAUAACUCUGGGGAAGGAUGCUAAGCUGUGGGUUUAUCUGUGGGCUGUGAAGUUACCCGAAGGAGGCAGAUUUAAAUGUGGUAAGAAAGGAGACAUAAAUCUAAUUACUCUUUCUAGAUUUCCAAUGAGAAGGAAAUGAAAAAUGCGUGGGCAGCACAGCUAAUUUUUGGUAUUCAGAGGAGUUUAGCUACAUAACUUAAUUAAAAAACAAAAACAAGCCCUUUUUUCUCCCUCUCCUCAAAGUGAGAGGUAGAAAAUAUCGAUUC